CAUGGGCAACCCCAUGCAUUGUUUUUAUUUUUACUAGGUUGGUACUGUGGAUCCUGUCAAAGAUUUCCUGACAAUAAUCAGACAAAAAGAUGAAGAUAGAUUUGCAGAAGCUGCAAAACAAAUGCAGCAACGCGUGACUCAGCUGGUGAUGGAUUCAUUUGGUACACAGUUUUACGACAAGGCAAUGGAUUGCUUAAAGACAUUGAGGAAAGAAUCAGCUAAGCUUGAUGAACCCGAGAUAUUUAAUAGGUUUUUGAAAAGAUUGAAAGAGACUCUGGUUGAAAAGAUGAGGACUAACUUUUGGGAUAGAAUAGUCACAGAGUCGAUUACAUUGAUUGAUUCCAGCCAAUCUAGUGAAAGCAGAGUGACAAAAGAAGAAGCCAUGAAGUUUUUAAAAGGAGAGGAAAAGAAAGUUGAAGUGCCAGAGAUUAAAAAUGAUGAUGAUGCAGAUGAUUUGCUUGAAAUGAUGGAGUGACUUCACACCAAGAAUCUUCUGAACUCUAACUUAUUUAUGAAAGACAACCUGAUAGGAAUGGAUGAGUUCAGUACUGCUAUAGUAUUAAGGAUGCUAUGUGGACAUCUUGGGUAAUUUUUGCAGCAUUAAAUUAUCUUGAGUUUGUUCAGUUAUACCUUUGAUAGGUUUGUUCCUUUUCAUAUGUUUUGGCUAACAAUGGCAUGUAGGCAGAAUUUAUAUGUAACUAGCAUGGAGCAAGAGUCUUACUGUCUUUUUUUUCAAAAUUACACCUAUGAAACUAAAUAUUUAAAGUUUUGGUGAAAUUUAUUGAAGCAGUUUUUUACUAUGAGCCUUUUUACAUUACCAAUCUAGGGUAAUGAAUUAUGAGAGAAUUUCCCUGUUGAUGCAAUAGAAAAAAAAUUUCAAUAUGGAAAUUUUCUAAAUUAAAUGAUUAUUGUUGGAAAACUUGGAAUAUUUAAUAUCCAAUGUCAUCGAGCACAUUUUUGAGAUUUGAAGAAUUUUUGUCACUAUAGAAUCCAAUGCACACACAGGGAUAAAAUUCAAAGAAUUAUUCUCUAAAUAUUAUCUAUUUUCUGUGGCGUGAACAUUUAAUCCUGAGGGUGAGAAAGAUCUGUAAUAAUCUGUAAUUUGCUUUGUAUUAGUGAUGAGAAAACACUUACCACAGUUUGUCGAUCAACUACAAAUUCAAUUCUUAAUCCUACCAGAUAAUGGUGAACAACAAACCCGCCGUUAUAAAUGUAUAAUAUUUUAAAGUAGUAUUUUUAAAUUGAUAAAUUAUUUUGAAUACAAAACUAUGAGAAAAGUGCUCACUUAUUCCUAUUGCAUCUUUACAAAAACACUUAAUAUGGCAAUAUAAAGUGAAAUCUCUAAACCGCCGAUUAACAAAUUGAAAAUUAUUCAGAUUCUAGAUAAAUGUGUUGUUGUAACUGAAUAUUGAAAA